GCCCCAUCCUAAGAGUGAGGCAGCGGGUUUGGACGGUCCAAUGAGGGCGGGCAGCGUGUCCCGCCCUGUAGCGACGAGGACGCGCCUGCGCAGUGGUGACCGCACGCGCGCGAUUGACUCCGGGGGCGCGGUGAGGAGAGACAUGAGGCUGAGCUGGGUCCUGACAAUACUAUCCAUUUGCCUGAGUGCCCUGGCCACAGCCACGGGGGCAGAAGGCAAACGCAAGCUACAGAUUGGAGUGAAGAAACGCGUGGACCACUGUCCCAUCAAGUCUAGAAAGGGAGAUGUCUUACACAUGCACUACACGGGGAAGCUGGAAGAUGGGACAGAAUUUGACAGCAGUCUACCAAAGAACCAGCCCUUUGUUUUCUCCCUUGGCACUGGCCAGGUCAUCAAGGGCUGGGACCAGGGGCUGCUGGGGAUGUGUGAAGGGGAAAAGCGGAAGCUGGUGAUUCCAUCUGAGCUGGGGUAUGGAGAGAGGGGAGCUCCCCCAAAGAUUCCAGGUGGAGCAACCCUGGUGUUUGAGGUGGAGCUGCUCAAGAUUGAGCGACGUUCAGAACUGUAGCAGGCCGCAGAGGGGUGGGAGACCCCUGUCAGGGACCAGACUGCUUCAAAACACAACAAAACAAACAAAAAAUUUAAAACCCAA